AUGACCACCCCACCAAAGUCCAAGAUCGACUCGGAGCACGCUCGUCUCCAGAAUGACUUUGGAGCGGACUACUGGAUUCGCAACCAGCAAGAACAUCGUCACGCUACUGCUGGACGUGGCCUUUUCGCUGGUCUUCAGGACGUGAAGAGCUACAAUGUGGACAGUGGAUGGGCACGACGAAAGUCCGGAGAUGCGCAGACUGGCUUAUUUGGAUCUUUCUUGAGUCGGUUCCUUGGUGGAUCAUACCACCCGCCGACAGAUUGA